AUGGAUAAACAUAAUCGCAAACCUUUUGUUGGUGGAAACUUUAAAAUGAAUGGUUCUAAAACCAUGCUUAAGGAGAUAAUAGAUAGAUUGAAUGCAUUAAAAUGUGAUGAUCACGUUGAAGUAGUAAUCGCCCCUCCGACACUAUUUCUCGAUCUGGCACACAGAUCCGUUCGUGAGGGUAUUAGUAUUGCCGCUCAGAAUGCUUUUAAUUGCUCUAAAGGAGCUUACACUGGUGAGGUCAGCCCUGAACAAUUAAAGGACCUUGGUAUUGAUUGGGUAAUCUUGGGUCAUUCAGAGCGUCGGGAGAUCUUUAAAGAGUCGGACGAAUUUGUUGCUUCUAAAGUAGCACAUGCCUUAAAUGUUGAUAUGAAAGUGAUAGCCUGCAUUGGAGAAAAAUUAGAAGAGCGAGAGUCAGAAAAAACUGAAGAGGUUGUGAUCAGACAACUUAAAUCUAUAAGUGAGAAGGUCAAUAAUUGGAGAAAUGUUGUAAUUGCCUAUGAACCUGUUUGGGCUAUUGGUACGGGAAAAGUAGCAACGCCACAGCAAGCCCAGGAAGUUCACCUUAUCAUUAGAAAUUGGUUAGCAAAAAAUGUAUCGCAACAAGUGGCCCAAGAUACACGUAUUAUCUAUGGAGGUUCUGUUAAUGACAAGAAUUCUUCAGAACUCGCGAAACAACCUGAUGUUGAUGGAUUUCUUGUGGGUGGUGCUUCCUUAACAGAGAAGUUUAUUACGAUUAUCAGUUGUUUCGUUUCUCCCGAAAACUAA